AUGCAAGAGGACGAUCAAGUGACAUCGUGUUCAAGAAACAUAAAUCCAGACUCGAAUCCCUCACUGGACGUGGCUUUGUCGAAACCUGAGGAUAUUGAAUUAUUUUAUGCAGCUAGCGUACAUUUUCUUAAAACUCGACUGCAGGAAAAAACUAAUAUUAAAGAAACAGGCUCUUCAACAAAGAGUUGCUGCGAUUUAGCAAAACCUUUAGACAAGUCACCAUCUAACAGAAAUCUUGAAGAACCUUCAUCAUUGUCCAUGCAUCAGAUUUUACCUUUUCCUAAGACAAACAAAGAAAGUUUUCUAUCCCGUAUAUUGGGAUCGUUUUGGAAACACAGAAAAGGUAAUGAUAGUAAAAAUUCAGCCAAAAAAUCUCUUAACAAUAAACCCAACUAUGACCUGCUACGCUGUAAUCAUUUAUCUAAAAUUCAUUGUUCUAAUUUGAACCCGAUUUCGGAAGAACCAACGAGGAAUUGUUCACAAAAAUCAAGUGUCGAUGAUACGUGUAAUAUGAGUGAGUGUUGUAAUAAGCGUAAUAAAAGAUAG